AUGAUGGAGAAGCGCUGGGUGACCGUGGGCGACACGUCCCUUCGUAUCUUCAAGUGGGUGCCAGUGGUGGACCCCCAGGAGGAGGACCGACGACGCGCAGGAGGUGGUGCAGAGAGAUCCCGAGGCCGAGAGCGGCGGGGCCGGGGUGCUAGUCCCCGAGGGGGUGGCCCCCUCAUCCUGCUGGGUCUCAGUGAUGAGAACAGCAACCAGAGCUUCCACUCGGAAGGGUCCCUGCAAAAGGGUACCGAACCCAGCCCUGGGGGCACCCCCCAGCCCAGCCGCCCUGAAUCGCCUGCCGGACCCCCGGAUGGGGACCCAGAAGAAGCUCAGCCCCCACAGCUGGGUCAAGAGAGAGAUCCCGGGGGCAUAGCUGCAGGUGGCACCGAUGAACCCCCAAUGCUGACCAAGGAGGAGCCUGUUCCAGAAUUGCUGGAGGCUGAGGCCCCUGAAGCCUACCCCGUCUUUGAGCCAGUGCCACCUGUCCCCAAGGCAGCCCAGGGUGACACAGAGGACUCGGAGGGCGCCCCCCCACUCAAGCGCAUCUGCCCAAAUGCCCCUGACCCCUGAGAAGCCGGCCUGCUUAUCCUGCCACCCCCAGGGGCCCCUUUGACUUUUUACAAAUAAAGACCCUUUUAUAA